GCCAGCGUCGACCUGCAGGCGUACGUCCACGCGUCUCACGGAGAGGGCUACUGCGCUCGGAACCCGUCCAACGACCCGUGCCUCGGCUGGCAGGUGUUCGGCGAUGGCUGCACCGAUUGUGCAGCCAACGCUGCCAGCACUCCCGCGCCGAGCCUGCGUGGAUCGUCCACCGACCCCCAACGGCAUGAGCAGCAGCGCCCAGGCGUCUGCUUCCCUGCAGUCCACCGACGCGCAGCGAAGCUGCGCCUUCUGGGAUGGCUUGGACAUCAAGGGCAGCGUGUGCCCGCAGCAGUGGCACGGCCAGUAUGCCGGGACUGCCUCGUGCAAGUCGUGCUGGGAGGGAGAGGACUGCGGAUGGAUUUGCGACCUGACGGACGGCACCAAGGCCAGCGUCGACCUGCAGGCGUACGUCCACGCGUCUCACGGAGAGG